CGUAUAUAUUUAAUGUAUUAGGUGGUCUACACUGCUCACAACUCACAGCAUCCUUUGACGGACACUUAUCCACGGCACAGGAUAGACAGCAAUGGACGCCUUCACACUGCGGCUCUUGGCUUUAUGUGUUUGUCUUUCACUAGCAGCAUCUGCUUUAGUGCACGAAUUUCACCAACCUUCGGAAAUCAACAAUGGCAAAACACUAGUUGUCGAUUCGAAACCAGAAAAAGCCAUUCCUCUGAAGGUGGUUGGAGGAAACCCACUAACACGAAAUAGCUGCUCUAAGAAAUGUGGCCAUCACUACUACAGGCCGGUGUGUGGAACAGAUGGACAGACGUACUCCAGCCCCUGUAUGGCCGAUUGUUAUGGUGUGGAAGAGGAAUGUAAUCACCAGUGUCCCUGCCACGCCCACCCCAUGUGUCCCUGUGGGAGCGAGGUUGACCCCGUGUGUGGGUCUGAUGGCCUGACCUAUACAAACCCGUGCUGGGCUCUGUGUGCGAGUAAAAAUGUUAUGUGUACUGGACCGUGUCCUUGUGAGCCCACGACGACUCCUACUGCCCCUGCCAACUGCACAUGCCCAGAAAGCACAGGUCUUGUCUGUGGGUCGGAUGACGUCACAUACACAGGGGAGUGCCAGGCUAAUUGCAGUGGCGUGGCGGUCAUGUGUACUGGUGCCUGUCCCUGCCCCGCCCCAUGCGAGUGUCCUCAGGGGCCUGACCCCGUGUGUACAACUUCAAACAAGACCAUCCUAAACCCCUGCACCGCCGACUGUCUGAGCGAAGAAGUUGCAUGCAACGGGAGUUGUCCGUGCCCAGAGAUUUGUGAAUGUACCCGAAUCUACAACCCCGUGUGUGGGACUGACGGUAUAACGUAUGCCAACCCUUGCUUAGCACAGUGCCAGAAGAUCGAGUCAGCCUGCUCAGGGAUAUGCCCCUGCCCCACUUCCUGUAACUGCUCCGACGAGUACGCACCUGUCUGUAGCACCCGGGGACAGAACUACACCAACGCCUGCCUUGCGGGUUGCGAAGCGGACGAUGUUGCGUGCAACGGAACGUGCCCAUGUCAGGAGCCGUGCGCCUGCACGAGAGAGUUAUCUCCCGUCUGUGGAGUCAACAACAUCACAUACCCCAACCAAUGCGUCGCUAACUGCUCGAACGUUAAUGUGAGCUGCCAGAACCAAUGUCCUUGUUGUAACUGCACAGGUUACCCCGAAUCCCGUGUUUGCGGUACUGAUGGCAAAGACUACAUAAAUCCAUGUGAACUUCAAUGCGCAGGUGUGUCACAGGCAUGUCCUGGAACCUGUCCUUGUCCAUCAGCAGAGGGCGGGUCAAUCGAAGAGCGGAAGUCGAGCGACAACCAAUCAAUGUUUUUGUGGCUAACUUCCAUUUGGCAAAAAUUUUAUUUGAGAAAGUAAUUCAACAAAACAAGAACUCGACUAUUCGGACAGUUUGAAUUUGUUAUUAUUAAAUUAUCAUAUAUUGCUCACAUAAAUUGUAACCGUGCUGUAUAACGAUCACUGCUAUUUAUAUACUGUUUCAAUUAUUCGUGUGAUACUUUUUAUGCAACUUCUGUUAUAUUCAAAUUCAAACGUGUCAAGUCAUAAUAUAUAUAUACAUAUAUACACAUGUGUAUAUAUAAUAAGUCCAAUGAUCAAACAACUUUUAUCUAAAGCGCUUUCGCCCUACCGUACAUUCAUAAUCUAUAAUAAGAAUAUUAACCACCUCUGCGCAUUUUUCAUAGUGUUGUAUCACAGGCGCAUAAUUAUAAACGCAUUGAAUACAGUUAUCUCAUUGUACUCGUGUAACAGUAUUAGACAAAAUAUUAAUAAAUAAACUCUUGAAUAUUGAACUAUGAAGAACAUUUACAGAAAUCUUAAAAUUGAAUACAUAUGUACAUGUAGAAGUUAUUGUGUUUGUUAAAAUAAAAUAUUGCACUAAUUGUGAAAAUAGAAA